AAUACCAAAAGCCCUCUUUUUUAUUUAUUCUCGCCAGUCCGCAGCUUCAACCUCCUGCGAAAAUGUUUCGAUCAAUUGCUAGAUCGGCCGCCGGAAAGCACCUCCUCCGACGAGGAUUUUCCACUGAAUCCGUACCCGAUCGGAAAGUUGCCGUCUUGGGCGCAUCUGGAGGGAUCGGGCAGCCAUUGGCUCUUCUUAUGAAGCUUAACCCUCUUGUUUCUCGACUUACUCUCUAUGAUAUCGCUAACACUCCCGGUGUUGCCGCUGAUGUCAGCCAUAUCAACACUAGAUCUGAGGUUGUCGGAUAUGUUGGUGAAGAGCAAUUGGGGCAAGCUUUGGAGGGAUGUGAUGUUGUCAUCAUUCCUGCUGGGGUGCCAAGAAAGCCUGGUAUGACUCGUGAUGAUCUUUUCAACAUUAAUGCCGGAAUUGUCAAGGGUCUAUGCUCUGCAAUCGCCAAGUAUUGUCCCAAUGCACUUGUUAAUAUGAUCAGCAACCCUGUCAAUUCAACUGUUCCGAUUGCAGCUGAGGUUUUCAAGAAGGCAGGGACAUAUGAUGAGAGAAAGUUGUUUGGCGUAACCACCCUUGAUGUGGUUAGGGCUAAGACUUUUUAUGCUGGGAAGGCAAAAGUAAAUGUUGCAGAUGUUAAUGUCCCCGUUGUUGGUGGUCAUGCUGGAAUAACCAUUCUCCCUCUAUUUUCUCAAGCCACACCAAAAGCCAAUUUGCCUGAAGAUGAUAUCAAGGCUCUCACGAAGCGAACACAAGACGGAGGCACUGAAGUUGUGGAAGCAAAGGCCGGAAAGGGUUCGGCAACACUAUCAAUGGCCUAUGCUGGAGCCCUUUUUGCUGAUGCUUGCCUUAAGGGACUGAAUGGCGUUCCUGAUGUGGUGGAGUGUUCAUUUGUGCAGUCAACUGUCACUGAACUCCCCUACUUUGCGUCCAAGGUAAGGCUCGGAAAGAAUGGAGUGGAGGAAGUUUUGGGGUUAGGCCCUCUCUCAGACUACGAGAAAGAAGGCUUGGAGAGCCUCAAACCAGAACUGAAAGCAUCUAUUGAGAAGGGCAUCAAGUUUGCCAACCAGAGUUAGUUCUCAACUAUUUAUGAUUUCUUCCAUAAGACCAAUCGUAAAUUCUUAAGUUUUAGUGCAACUGAUGUAUUUCAUGCUGCAAACAGCAUCGGCUUUACUUGUUCUUAGUAGGAUAGGCCUUACAUAAGCAUUUCAAGUAAUAAUUCCCAGUGAUAUGUUGUGAAGGGGGAUUUGAUUAGAACUUCUCAUUCCAGUUUAGUUGGGGAUGUUCCAUUCAUUCGAG